CCGAAAACCUCCCACAAGACACCGGAAACCGCCGUUCUCCACCGCUAAUUACUCAGACCUUAUCUGCCCGAUACCAGUUCAUCCUGUAAGAUUUGAGCUAACGUUGUUUUUUGAGUAUUCAUCGAUGUAUGACUGGCUGUUUCACAUGUAAAUUACCCCAUCUGAAGUUGUGUAUAUACCAUCGCAAGUUUGUGUAUACAGAAACCUAUACAUGCAGGGUGGUGCGGCAGUUGCAUCUGAUUUUCAAUGAAUUGUGAUAUCACAACUGUUAUUGUUCUGUACAACUUUUGGUUCAUUGUUUUUCCGUGCUUCUCUUAUGGUUCAAGGCUCAGGAACAAGUGGACCUACACACAAGGGGUGCGAUUGCAGAAAGCUACAGUGGCACAUUACAUCUGUAGUUGGUUGCUUCUGUUUUUCGUUGUGUUAAAGAGAUCUGAGACGCAAAAUGGAUUUGGAAACUGGCUGUCUGCUUCUGGCAUAACCACAUGGGCUAAAAGCCUGAAGCUUCCGCAACCUCUGGGAGGCACACAGGAUGAAUCUUCAUCUGAAAAUACUGGGAAGUCAUCGUUUGCUCGUUUGACUAGUGGACUUGGGUUGCGGUUGUCUCCAAAAGCUCCUCAACAAGAUGAUAGCCCUGAUGGAACUCCAACAACGCCACAAGCUGGCAUUUUUGGGACAAUUACUAAAGGUUUUGUAGACACGUCUAAAAAUGCGGUGAAGGCUGUCCAGGUCAAGGCUCGUCAUGUUGUAUCACAAAACAAAAGAAGAUAUCAGGAAGGGGGAUUUGAUUUAGAUAUGACAUACAUCACUGAGAAUAUCAUUGCUAUGGGAUUCCCUGCUGGUGAUAUGAGCUCCGGUUUCUUCGGAUAUGUCGAGGGAUUUUAUCGAAACCACAUGGAGGAAGUUAUAAGGUUCUUUGAAACCUAUCACAAGGAUAAGUACAAGGUAUACAACCUGUGCUCUGAGAGGCUAUAUGACGCAUCACUGUUUGAAGGGAAGGUUGCUAGUUUCCCAUUUGACGACCAUAAUUGUCCUCCCAUUCGGCUCAUAAUAUCAUUUUGCCAGAGUGCAUACUCAUGGCUGAAGGAAGACAUUGAAAAUGUUGUGGUUGUGCACUGUAAGGCUGGAAUGGCAAGGACAGGCUUAAUGAUUUCAAGUCUUCUUUUAUAUCUGAAGUUUUUCCCCACAGCUGAGGAGUCUAUAUCAUACUACAACCAAAAAAGAUGUGUUGAUGGAAAGGGGCUUGUUCUCCCAAGUCAAAUAAGAUAUGUCAAAUAUUUUGAAAGAGUUAUGACAUACUUCAAUGGAGAAGAUCAGCCUGGGCGCAGGUGUAUGCUUAGAGGAUUUCGCCUUCAUAGGUGCCCAUAUUGGAUCAGGCCCUCUAUUACCGUCUCUGAUCAUAAUGGUGUUCUCUUUUCAACCAAGAAGCAUCCCAGAACCAAGGAUCUAUCGCCUGAAGAUUUUUGGUUUUCUGCACCAAGAAAGGGUAUAAUGGUCUUUGCUCUGCCUGGGGAGCCUGGCCUGACCGAGUUAUCUGGAGAUUUCAAAAUCCAUUUUCAUGACCGGCAAGGCGAUUUCUACUGCUGGCUGAACACAACAAUGAUCGAGAAUAGGAAGGUUCUAACCACAAAUGAUCUUGAUGGGUUUGACAAGAGGAAAUUGCCUUCCCCUGGGUUUCAAGUGGAGGUUGUGGUUGUGGACUAUGACAAUGCUGCUCAAGCAAAACCCGAAACUGAAAGUACUGCCAAACCAGCUGAAGGUACAAGCGCAAAUCCUCCGCCAACCACCCCCUCUGAAGCCACCUCCACAAACUUACCAAAAGACUCCAGAAAUAGCGAAAAAGACGACGAGGUGUUCUCCGACACCGAAUCCGAAGCAAAAACCGACACUGCUUCUGAAACCAAUUCUGUCUCUGGGAAAAUGGUAAGCUUGUCAAAUGACACCAAGAAUCUGUCUAUAGGAAACUCAGGCGCAUCACAGACAACUCCCGCCAGUGCGCCCAAAGCCGAUGAAGCUGCAUCCCGAAACCCGAUCGGAGAGGUAAGUGAUUUCAAGGCAAUGGCGGCUGAUACAUCCGUUUUUACAUUUGGAGACGAUGAAGACUAUGAAAGUGAUUGAGAGGGCGUAUGACCGGUUAAUUGUACAUAAAACGGAAGUUGAACAAGUUUAAGCUGUUAUUUUAAAACAUCAUUUGAUUGAUUCAGCAAUUUGGGAUGGUAAGUUUGAUGAAGAUGGGUUUGGCUGUAAGUUGCUCUGUAUUUUCUUGUAAGAUGUUUGAAAACUGUGGAAUAAUUGUUGAUGCUGGUAAUUUCUUAUGAAAUUUCAAAUUUGCUGCUUUCC